AUGAGUUGGAACAAUGGUGCCAUGAUGUGCGACGUGAUGCCGACGAUUAGUGAGGAUGGUGUGGACAAUGUGACGAGCACUGAAGAUCACUCGCACGAUGCUAACAUCGAGCAACUCAUGGUUAACAUGCUAGAAGAUCGUGAUAAAUUGCAAGAACAACUGGAGCAAUACAAGCGUCAAGUUGAGGAUAGUAAUCAACGAACUCGCGAUCUUGAGAAAGAGAAAGAGAGUCUUCGGCGUCAGUUUGAAAUGCACACACAGCAUUUACCCAAUGAGUUGCAGUCCAUGACAAAAGAACUUGUCCAGAUUCGUGAACAGUUACUUGAAAAAGAUGAGGAGAUCGUUGAAUUGAAGGCCGAGCGAAACAACACCAGAUUGUUACUAGAACAUCUGGAAUGCCUUGUUUCUAGACACGAGAGGUCUUUACGAGUUACCGUGAUGAAACGGCAAGCUCAAAGUCCAGCUGGGGUUUCGUCAGAAGUAGAGGUAUUGAAGGCCUUAAAGAGUCUCUUCGAACAUCACAAAGCAUUAGACGAAAAGGUUAGGGAGCGGUUACGUGUUGCUAUGGAACGGGUUGCUACACUAGAGGAAGAGUUAACCUCAAAAGGUGAAGAGAACUCCGGUCUGAAAGCGCGACUUGCAAUGGUAGCUGCUGAGGCCGAAGAGGCAGGGGUGAAAGGUCAGAAGACGAAUGGUGCACUGAGCAGUGAAUCAGCUGCUCGCAUGGUAGAAAUGCAGGAGUUGUGUGAGCGUUUGAAAGUAGAAUUGACAAAUACCCUCAAACAACGUCAUGAACUGACUGAAAGAAAUUCUGAGCUGGAAGCUCAGUUAUCGGCCGCACAGAAUGAUACACACGCUUGCCAAGAACAGCAAACAAAGUUGAGAAACCAGCUGCAUGAGGUGGAAGCACAACGUAACGACCAAGAAGCUCGGAUUUCAACGCUUGAAAGUCGCAUACUUGCUGCACAGAGGGAAGCGACGUGUAUACGCGAUCUGAACGACAAGUUAGAGCAUCAGCUCGCUAAUAAAGAUGCGGCUGUACGUCUAAGCGAGGAGAAAGUGCGUUCACUGCAGGAACGUCUGGAACUUGCAGAAAAACAACUUGCCCAGAGUCUUAAGAAGGCUGAGUCGUUGCCAUCUGUUGAAGCCGAAUUACAACAGCGGAUGGAGGCGCUUUCUGCUGCGGAACAGAAACAACUCUCCGCCGAAGAGAGAGUUCAACGGCUGGAGCGGCAAGCGCUUGAGUCGUCGGCAGAAUUAGAGCGAGCCGUUCAGAGAGAGAAAAUGAAUGAGGAGCACAGCCAGCGGUUAAGUAGCACUGUCGACAAGCUUCUGUCCGAGUCGAACGACCGCUUACAGCUGCACCUUAAAGAACGCAUGCAAGCACUAGAUGACAAAAAUCGACUCACACAGCAGCUGGAGAAUACGAAGAAAAUAUACGACCAGGCCGAGCGAACAAAGGAACGCUUGCAACGUGACAAUGAUUCUCUUCGGCAAGAAAUCGAGGCUCUUCGUCAACAACUUUACAACACUCGAACUGCACAAUUCCAUUCGAGAAUGCAUGCUGUACUUCCGCCGCCGCUACCACUGGUGGUUCCAAAUGGAAUCACUGCCGCAUCACCACAAGCCGUCGUUCCUCAACAGUUUCCACCUGCGUCGUACACUAAUCCAACACCUAACUACGCCACUGUUGGAGUCCGCAGAUCGAAUAAAGGGCGAAUGAGUGCAUUACAAGACGAUCCAUCUAAAGUUCAAACACUCAAUGAGCAGGAAUGGGACAGAUUACAACAAGCGCAUGUUCUAGCCAACGUACAGCAGGCUUUUUCAUCUUCGUCAAUGCUGGAUAUGGGCGGAGGAGGUACACUACAGCGAGCAUCGUUCAUGAAACAGCCUUCACAACAGCCAGAUAUUCUCAUGAGCACCAUGCCUCAACAUGGGUCACAAGACGCACAUUUGCUCGCUUCUGUGCUUCAAGAGCGUCUAGACGCUAUAAACUCUGAAAUUCGAAUGAUCCAACAGGAAAAGCACCACGCUGAACGAGCUGCAGAACACCUAGAAUCUCGGGCGAGGAAUGAGUACAUAGAAGAUCACCUCACUUCUCGUAGUACACCUCGCAAUAGCCCUCAACACGAUUUCCUUAUCAACAAAUAUAACACAUUAGCCCAUCGAUCAUUACUCAGUGACCUUCAGAUUGUUGAUGAUUCAAUGGUAAAUGAUCUUGACUAUACACCAAGGAUGCGCCAACUACGUCUGGAUCAUAGUCGUUACGACGAGGCUGAUCGAAUGAGUCCUGCUUCGUCGGUGGCGUCAUCUACUGACGGGUUUGUACCUAAAAAGAAGCGGUCGUCGAGUUCUGGUGGUUUAAAAACGUUAGGACGAUUGUUUAAUAAAAAGAAAUUUCAGAGUGACGUGUAUAGAAGAGAUGCGGGUGCGUACUCAGAUAGCGAGAUUUCUUCCGGUGGUGACGGUCGUAAUGGUGAAUUCGAUAGAAGGAAAAAGAAGAAAUAUGAAUUGCUAGAAGAGGCAAUGAAAGCACGAACUCCAUUUGCGUUAUGGAAUGGACCGACCGUGGUUGCUUGGCUUGAGUUAUGGGUAGGAAUGCCGGCGUGGUAUGUUGCGGCAUGUCGAGCCAAUGUCAAGUCUGGUGCUAUUAUGUCUGCUCUAAGUGAUCAAGAAAUUCAACGAGAAAUCGGAAUUAGCAAUCCUCUUCAUAGGCUGAAACUUCGAUUGGCCAUACAGGAAAUGGUCUCGUUGACGUCUCCGUCUGCUCCACGAUGUGCUCGAAUGACAUUAGCUUUUGGUGACAUGAAUCACGAGUGGAUAGGAAACGAAUGGCUACCGAGUUUAGGUCUUGGACAGUAUCGGUCUGCAUUUAUGGAGUGUCUGCUGGAUGCGCGAAUGUUGGAGCAUUUAUCAAAACGUGAUCUGCGAACGCAUUUACGUAUGGUCGAUAGUUUCCAUAGAGCUAGCUUGCAAUACGGAAUUAUGUGUCUAAAGAAGAUGAACUACGACCGUAGAACGCUGCAGGACCGACGACGAGCAUGCGAGACGGUGAAUCGAGAUCUUUUGGUUUGGUCAAAUGAACGAGUGCAACGAUGGGUGGAAGAAAUAGGACUAGGAGCGUAUGCCAGUAACCUUACUGAUAGCGGGGUACAUGGCGCUUUAAUCGCCCAGGAUGACACGUUCGAUUCACAAGCUUUUGCUCUCUCUCUCCAGAUAAGUCCACAGGAUCAACACGGUAGACAGGUUUUGGAGAAACACUUUGCUGUUCUGGUAGCCGACUACCGCACACCAGCUCAAUCACACCAUUCGGUAAUUGCGCCAGCUUCCACUAACUAA